UGAUUAUCUACGUGUAAACUCGUACCAUGACAUAUGUCAUUCAACAAAGUCUAUAAAAUCUACCACAUUUUGCGUCUUGAUGAUAGGAACACCUUGAAUAUCUCUUGAUUACAAAACCAAGUUUAUCCAGAAAAUCCUUAUCAUUUCUUCACUGCAAUAAUUUCUCCAAAUUCUUGCGUUUUCUUCAUUUUCCGUCUGAAAUUACAGUUCUUUUAGUUAGUGCACACUUGAUAAUAGCUUUGAUUAGUGUUGUUCAUCGAUCAUGGAAGGUCCUUUGCCAAUUACAUCUAUGAAUCAUAUCUCGAUUGUAUGCAGAUCAGUUGAGAAAUCUCUUGAAUUUUAUCAGAAUGUUCUUGGGUUUUAUCCUAUUAGAAGGCCUGGAUCAUUUGAUUUUGAUGGAGCCUGGCUAUUCAAUUAUGGCAUUGGAAUUCAUCUCUUGCAGUCGGAAAACCCAGAAAAUGUGUCAAAGAAAAUGAGCAUAAAUCCCAAAGAUCAGCACAUCUCUUUCCAGUGUGGAAGCAUGGCAAUGGUGGAGAAAAAGCUCAAGGACAUGGGGAUUGACUAUAUUCAGAGGACAGUUGAAGAAGGUGGAGUCUAUGUCGAUCAGUUGUUCUUCCAUGACCCGGACGGUUUUAUGAUCGAAAUCUGUAACUGUGAUAAUCUUCCGGUUAUACCACUCACUGGAGAAGCUCCAGUUCAAAUGCAAGCAUGUUCCAGAAUCAAUAAGUUGAAGAAUAAGAUUCAAAUUCAACAAAAUCAACAACAACAGCAGCAACAAAAACUUAUGGUUCAACAUGUUUCUCCUUUGCAUGUGUAGAAAGGGUAGAAAGUGUCAGUUUGUUGUAGGAUCUAGCUUGAUGACUAGAUUUGCAGGGUUAGUGUACAUGGGGAUUUUCUGGAGGGUCUCUGAAUCUGUUGUUAGUCCUCGAGGACUUUAAGGGAGUCUCUAGGAUAUCCAUGUUAGUCGAUUCAGACUAUUUUCUAAGUUUAUAAAAGCUUGUUUUAUUCCUAGUUAAGAGAUUUUAUCAA